UCUUUUCUUUCUCUGCAGAUUUCCGCAGGUUGAACUCUGGUUCACCGCCCUUUUUUUCCCCUCGCUAUGGCAGGCGAAACGGAGGGACCGGCAGGAGGUGACUCGGGGCUUGCUUUGUCGGAUAGCGAGAAUGAGGGCGCUUGGGAGGAAGAGGAGGAUGGUGCCGACGAUCCCAGCGCCGAGAUGGAGGGACUUUCGCAUAGCAUUCCCUGCCUUUUCUGCGACAGAUUUUUCAGUUCAGCUGAAGACAGUUUUUGUCAUUGUACUUCAGACCACGGGUUCAGUAUUGAGAUGAUGGUUAAAAAACAUCGGCUUGAUUUCUAUGGCUACAUUAAGCUAGUAAACUUUAUUAGACUGCAGAAGCCAGAUGCAGAGUAUGUUAAUUCUCUUAGACCUCCAUUUCCUUGGGAUGAAGAUAACUAUUUGAAGCCUGUAAUAGAAAAUGACCUAUUACUACAGUUUGAUGUAGAAGACCUUCUUGAUUCUUCCAGUAUCUCCUGUCCUAAUGGAGUAUCUGAGGCUUCAUCUCUCCUUGAAUGCUUGAAAAAUUCUGAACACAGAACUGAAUUGGCAGAAACUGCAUUGGCCAGAGCCCAAGAUGAUCUACAGAAAAUGAGGCAAUUUGCGCAGGAUUUGGUGAUGAACACAGAAAUCGGAAGUAGCUCCUCUGCCAGCACGACUGGGAACUUAAAGGAGAAUGAGGAAGAUGUUUACUUCAGCUCAUACGGGCACUUUGGGAUCCAUGAAGAAAUGCUAAAGGAUAAAGUGCGUACUGAAAGUUAUCGUGACUUCAUAUAUUUAAACCCACACAUCUUUAGAGAUAAGAUUGUGCUAGAUGUUGGAUGUGGCACUGGAAUCCUUUCCAUGUUUGCUGCCAAAGCAGGUGCAAAAAAGGUGAUAGGAGUGGAUCAAUCUGAAAUCAUUUAUCAAGCCAUGGACAUCAUUAGGCUCAAUGGACUUGAAGAUAGUAUUUAUUUGAUCAAAGGUAGAAUUGAAGAAGUUGAUAUACCUGUUGAAAAAGUUGAUGUUAUCAUAUCUGAGUGGAUGGGCUAUUUCCUCCUCUUUGAGUCUAUGCUGGAUUCAGUCAUUUAUGCAAGGGACAAAUAUCUGGCCAAAGGAGGCUCAGUGUAUCCUGACUCGUGUACCAUUAGCCUGGUGGCCGUAAGUGAUAUCGCUAAGCAUACCGAUCAAUUGACUUUCUGGGAUGAUGUAUAUGGCUUCAAUAUGUCCUGCAUGAAAAAGGUGGUAAUGCCUGAAGCAGUUGUGGAAGUCUUAGAUUCGAGGACUCUUAUAUCUGAAGCUUGUAUCAUCAAGCGAAUAGACUGCCAUGCUGUCUCAGUUCCAGAAUUGGAAUUUUCAUCUGACUUUAUUUUGACAGUCAGGAAGACUUCGUUGUGUACAGCAAUUGCUGGAUAUUUUGAUGUGCAUUUUGAGAAGAAUUGUAAUAAACAAAUCCUGCUUUCAACUAGUCCCUGUUGUACCAAGACACACUGGAAACAAACAAUGUUUUUUCUGGAGAAACCAAUUUCUGUUGAAGAAGGUGAAGAACUGAAAGGAAGGAUAACAAUACACAGAAACCGAAAAGAUCUCCGUGCCCUCAUUGUAACACUUUCAAUUAAAAAUGUGAAACAAACAUACAGUCUACAGUGAGCAUGGCCCCAUAAUCAACUUGAGAAACUUAGUUCAAAUACCAGACGCUUCUUUUUGAAGCAGAGAAACCUGGAUAAAAUUUUAAGUUCAUUUGCUUCUACUUCCAAUAACUUUUCCUGGACAUAUAGCUGAUCUUUUUUUCCUGAACAUGUGAGACAACUGACCGUGCUUGGCAAUCAGCUCAUACUGUCCUAAGAAAUUAUUUCACCUUGUGUGGGAAACCAUUAGUAGAGUAUGGAGAUUCUCAGUCAUCCAGGUCAUGGUUGUCCUAAAGGUGCUUUUCCAAGAGGCAAAUGGACUUUCUGGUUUUUCUUUGAAGACGGUUCGCUUCUAAUCCAGGAAGCUUCAGUCUUCAUAGAAAAACCAGAUGGUCCAGUUGUCCCUUGAAAAAGCACCUUUGGGACAUUAGUAGAAUAGCAGUUCUCUGCCCAAUCUCUGAACGUUCUGUAAAUGUAAGAAUGCAUUGCCAUAGAAAUACAAUGCAGAUCUAUGUCUAAUAAUGACAUCACUUGUACAAUUACUAUUAUUUUUUUGGAAGAGCUCAUAUUAUUAAAUGGGACCCAGAAUUUAUUUCUACAGUGAUGGAAUCUCCUGGAGUUUUCUUCAGAGUAGGAGUAAGGCAAGCUUUGUCCGUCACCCUUGCCAGCCACCUUAUCACCACUUCCACUCUUCCGGAGAGUUUUCAGAACAGAUUUUUGAAAAUGUUAGGACUUCCUGGCAGCUGGAUUCCUCCUCUGGUUCAAAAUCUUUGACUUCGCAAGAACCAAAAGUCUUUAUGUCUUGCAGGAAGCAAGGUCUAGUUUCAAGGUAAUCAUAAAAAUGCUGAAGACAUGCAAAUAGAGCUAUGUGGAUAACCAGACCAUUUGGAUUUGACUACCUUCAACAAUACAUAGGCAAGAAUUAUACUUUUGCACGCAUUAUUUUUAUAAACGUAGUUUCAAAACAAAUUCAUUUGGGACUUUGGAUUUCAAGUGUACAUAUGAUAUUAUUAGAUUGUAAUAUAGUUCAAAUAUUAAAAAUGGAAUACAACAAUUCGCUGUUAUUAAAAUCACCUCAUUCACUUGAGUCUCAUCUUUCUAUCUAGAGGGCAUUCCAGAUUGCUAACAAGGCACAGGCUGUGGCUAAGGAACCAGUGUGUUGGCCAUACCUGGAGCAAAAGGAUCUGGUGCCAGGGUAGAUUACUGCAAUGCACCACAUACAGGGCUGCUUUUGUGAACUAUUUAGUAACGACAGUAGAUGCAAAACGUACCUGUCCACAUGUUGGCAAUGUAAGAAUUGCAUCAGCCUU